GAGUAGACGAAACAGUCAUAUGGGGCACAUAAGGCGAGUCCUGCUGGAUCAGAGGAAGGCUCCAUCUAGUCCAAUUUCCAUCAGUGAUUGACCAGCCAACAAAAUCUCCCCUCCAAGAAUGGGUGGUGUUCCUCAAAGCUUCAUGGCUGCUGUUGGUGCUCUGGCUACAGUCUUUCUAUGUUUGCGACUCUGUGGAGCUGAAAUCGUAUAUGCAGAGAAAGGCUCAUCGCACGAGCUUCCGUGUCCAUGCCCAUCCUGCUCUGGGGAGCCCAGGACAGUGUCCUGGCACUCUGUCCACCGAGGCAAGACAAUCGACCUCUUCAGCAAACUGAAGAACAACCGCAUAAACCGCCUCUCAGCCGGCUGGGACCACCUCAGUAUGCUUCCAAAUUACUCCCUUCACUUUAAUAAUGUGACAGACAACGAUACUGGUAGAUAUUGGUGUGACGUGAACAAUUAUUAUGACCUGGUGGUUGUCACAGGCAUCAAGCGAAUGCUGGAGAGUCGUCGAGCGGGUACUGUGUGUUACGUCCUAAGCUGUUCUGUCUCUGUCAAGGAGUUGAACCAGAACGUGGCAAGCUGGUGGGAGGGCAAAGACCAGCUCCAGAAGGAAAACGAGCGGGCAGGAUACACCACCUUCAUUGGGCACAGGGCGUCCCAACUCCACAUUUGUCUGCAAAAGGAGGCCUCAGAGAGAGAGGCCAGGGAAAGGACCAUGAAGUGUCGCUUUGGUCAGAUGGAGAUCACCUUCAAUUUGACUGGGAAAGAGCAGGAAUUCUGUAUUGGUGGCAGUUUACUGCCCUUUCCUCAUGGGACGGUGGAAGAUUGCCCAUCCUCCCAGUGUCCAGAAAGCGGAAGAAAUAGUGGGCCCUGGGUACCAAUGGCGGUUUGCAUCAUACUGCAGUUUCUAAUCAUUUUCGCUCUGGUUGCAGCACUGUUGAGAAAGAGGCAUCGCCAGAAACAUGAACACUGUGUUAAACAGCUCAGCAAAGAUGUUUCCAAGUCAGAAUACACACCACAACUAUAUGAGAAUGUUAAGACCUGAUCAGAGAUGCUUCUGGGACCCUGGAAACUCCCUGUUUCUCACUGAGUCAGUCAAUCCUAGGCAGGAGCCAGCGGCGUGAUGUUUUUCCAGUGUUAACGUUUUCCAGGCCUCUUGUAUUGUGUGUUUUUCCAGUGAGGAGUUCCCAUCGUGCCAACCUUUGCAUAAAUCUCUACAGACUGCCCUAAGAUGGAUGAACACUGCACAGAAAGUAAUCCUUCCACCGGGAAUUCAAGUGUCUGCCUUAUUUUCCAACUGUAAACAACAACAAUAAUGUUUUACGUCCUACCAUGCCUACUAUUUGGGACAGCUGUCCUUUCACCACGCACCUUUCACAGUUAGGGUUGCCAACUGACCUCCCCUCAAAAGCCUGCCUUGUGUCUUUAAUUGCAACUUGAUUGGCAGAAACCAGCAACUGAUGCUGUUCAAGGCAUGGAGAUGAGCAAGGUCACCUGCUAAUAUAACCACCAAUGUUGCAGUUAAAAGCACAGGAGCCGGCAAAAAAUGGACAUCCCUAAGGACAAUUGUGUAGAAGUGGACAUUUUAUAGUGGCAGUCUGUCCUGGCAAAGUGUCGCAGGGGGUGUUGGUGUUGAAAAUCUGCUCUGACAACAUUCCCGUAUCUGUACAACGACCGCAGGCACAGGAAGCAAUUUUAAGCUGGUUUAGGGAGCGACCUUAGACUAGGCUUUGCAGAUAUUCCCUCUCUCCUGGGAGUGGUCAUUCUGAGAGGGAAGGCAAAAGGAUCCCAAGCAUUGAUUUUUUUUAAACACCUCACCAAGCAAUAAUUUCUAGGAUCAUUGGGACGAAGCAAUGAUAGUUGAACUGAUAGCAAACAAAUAUAUGUUUGUAGUGUAGAUAAAUACCUAGUACCGAAAGUUUGGCAGAUUUGAUCUGCUGCAUUUCCCUCAUCCAGAAAACCAGCAGUGUAGUCUGACAUGAUCUACCUUGAUUGAGCUUUAUAAUGUCUUCCAUCCAAUCGGUUUAUUUCUAUUUUACUAUUUCUUCUACGGUUUGUGUAUGGUGAGUGUGGGCAGACUUCAGGCAUGCAGGACCUACUUUGCUUUUUACUAGCAUCCCACCAUUGGGAGCCUGAUGCAAAAUAAAUACACUUCAAAUUAAA